CUAACAAAACCCUAAUGCUUCGGUGGCGCUCCCCAUAUAUUCGCUGGUCUCAUUUUUCUAUCUACGAUCCCCAGUCUUCUCUCGACGCGACGCCCCUUUCGGGUAACCUUAAGGUGCAAUGAUGACUGAUGGAUUCCAUUCACAGCAUCCAUCGGUAGCCCAGAAGUUAGCUGGACAUUCUUAUCUUGUGUCCAGGCUCUCCCCUAAUCAAUCCAGAAACUAUUCCACAACUAGUACUCACUUCAAUGGAGUUGUGCCGUCUGCAAGUUUGGCUCCAGUGUUUGUGCCUGCUCCAGCUGAGAAAGGGGCAUCUGCAUUUUUGGUGGAUUUUCUCAUGGGUGGAGUUUCAGCUGCUGUGUCUAAGACGGCUGCAGCUCCAAUUGAACGAAUUAAGUUACUCAUUCAAAACCAGGAUGAAAUGAUCAAGAGCGGACGAUUGUCUGAACCUUACAAGGGAAUUGGUGAUUGUUUUGCUCGAACUACUAAGGAUGAAGGAGCGAUUGCUCUUUGGAGAGGAAAUACUGCUAAUGUUAUCAGAUACUUCCCUACUCAGGCUCUAAACUUUGCUUUUAAGGAUUACUUCAAGAGGCUUUUCAAUUUUAAAAAAGACAAAGAUGGCUACUGGAAGUGGUUUGCUGGGAAUUUGGCAUCUGGUGGGGCUGCUGGUGCUUCCUCCCUCUUAUUUGUCUAUUCUUUGGACUAUGCCCGUACACGUUUAGCCAAUGAUUCAAAGUCUGCAAAGAAGGGUGGUGAGAGGCAGUUCAAUGGCUUGGUUGAUGUGUACAAGAAAACCAUUCAGAGUGAUGGUAUUGCUGGCCUUUAUCGUGGAUUCAGCAUCUCAUGUAUUGGAAUUAUAGUUUAUCGUGGUCUAUACUUUGGAAUGUAUGAUUCUCUGAAACCAGUGGUUUUGGUUGGUGACAUGCAGGAUAGUUUCUUUGCUAGUUUCCUUUUGGGAUGGGGGAUCACAAUAGGUGCUGGCUUGGCCUCUUACCCCAUUGAUACAGUGCGUAGAAGGAUGAUGAUGACAUCUGGAGAAGCUGUAAAAUACAAGAGCUCUCUGGAUGCGUUCAAAGUUAUCAUUGCAAAAGAGGGUACUAAGUCGCUCUUCAAAGGUGCUGGUGCGAACAUACUGCGUGCUGUUGCAGGUGCUGGGGUGCUUGCUGGUUAUGAUAAGCUACAGCUCAUCGUGUUCGGAAAGAAAUAUGGUUCUGGUGGUGGAGGCUAAGAUAUACAGAUAAUGACGAUAAGUUUGGAUGAAGAAAUAUGUGGCACCGUUAUGUUGGUUAUUUGCAUUGAAUAAGUUUGGAUGAAGAAUUGUGGUUGAGGUUUUUCACAGCAUGUGGGGAUUUAUAUUUAAGAAAUCAUAGUUUUACAGACUUGAUUUUAGUUGGUUCUUUCAUGUCUUGAGCUUAUUUUAAUCCGUAUAGUUUGUUAGACCCUUUUGGUUAAAGUAUUUAAAGACUACUGUUCUAUA